AAUGGCGUUCAGCAUCCAAACCGUCACUCGUGUCGUGGUGCUGACAGGGAGCGCUUCUGUCAGUUACACGGGGUCCGGACUCGCAGUUUCGUGGGUGUGUUCUGGAGAGAAUUUGUUUGAAGAUAUUGAAUAUUCCCAUCAGCAAUGGGUGGUUUUGCAUGGGUGACGUUGGCGACCAACGAUUCUUACUCUCUUGGAGCUCUCGUUUUGGCGCAUUCUUUACGAAGGGUCGGUACCAAAUAUGAACUUGCAGUUCUCGUCACACCAGGAGUCACUCAAGUGAUGAGGGAUAAAUUGUCUACCGUAUUUUCCCUCGUCCAAGAAGUUAACGUUCUGGAUUCAAAGGAUGAAGCCAAUCUUGCACUACUAGCGAGACCGGAACUUGGUAUCACAUUUACAAAAUUGCAUUGCUGGAGACUCACCCAAUAUGAAAAAUGCGUCUUUGUCGAUGCUGACGCGCUCGUAGUCAGAAAUUGCGAUGAACUUUUUGAACGAGAAGAGCUAACAGCUGCCCCCGAUGUUGGCUGGCCUGACUGCUUCAACUCUGGAGUUUUUGUCUUCAGACCUUCCCAGCAAACUUUUGCUUCGAUCACAGCCUUUGCUGCUGAAAAGGGAUCGUUUGACGGUGGUGACCAAGGGCUUCUCAAUUCCUAUUUCAGCGACUGGGCGCACAAAGAUAUCUCUAAACAUCUACCCUUCAUCUACAAUAUGUGCUCCACUGCUACCUACUCGUACCUUCCCGCGUACAAACAGUUUGGUGACAACGUUCGUAUAAUACAUUUUAUUGGAGCAACAAAACCCUGGCUUCAAUACUUCGAAACAGAGACAGGCGUAGUGCACCCACCGUCAGGCAGCAAUCACCUUCAGCCUUUACUCCAACUUUGGUGGAACAUUUUUUGCGAUAAUGUUCAUUCCCAGCUUUCACCAGUCAUGGCCAGGAGUACAUUGGCACCAAUUUGGCACAGAUUCACACCUUAUUCCUCGAACACUUUUUCCGAUCCUUUGAUUCCAAUCAACGGAGACUCUUGGCGAUACGAUUACAACGCUCACGGGUCUCAGUUUCCAAAUACCGAUUUGGACUGGAAUAUGAAUGACGAUUACAUUGAAAAACCCGUGGACUUUACGGAAUUUAAUGACCCAUGGGACAACUACGUAUCUCAAUACCCUGAACCCGCACCGGAACACUCGUUUCUCAUUAAUUAUAAUCAAAAAUAUAAUCCGACUGAAACGCAGUAUUACGGUUUCAAAAAUCACGAUACCGAUUACAAUCACGCGCACGAUCAAUCGCAAUUGGUUCCAAGUGGAGUUACCAUAAAUCAAGAGCAUUAUGAUCACGAUAUUCAACAUCACGAAUUUCGAACACCUGUAGUAAUUAGCCACGAACAUCAAUACCGCGAAGAACAUUACGAGCAUCACGAGAUCGGGGGUAACGAAAGUGAUCGAUUUAUUCCAGAGGAUAAUCGGAUUAAUUGGGAGAAUUCUAUAAUUUCCGCCCACGUUGAAGCUGUGAAUGAAUCGUUUCACGAUCGGAUACACGAAAUUAUAGACGAUCGUCUUCACGGAGUCCCAAGCCAUGAUCAUCGAAAUCAAGAGUCGCGAAAUUUUCGCGAGGGGGUAGGUGACAAUUUACGAAACGACAACUAUUCUGAAGAGACUGUUCACCAAGAAUCCUUUUCCCGUUCCCAUAGUCUCGGAGCUUGCACUGAUCCUCCUCCAAAAGUAGCGCAGCACCUCACUGAACAAUCCGUAGAGAGUCAGGGGAACCUGGCAAUCGACGAUGCUGGUAUCGCUGGUGCUCUCGCAAAACUAACGUUGGGAGAACCAAGAAGUGAAGAACAAGUUGCUCUCGAGGAACAUAUGAGAAGACAAGGCUGGGAGCAAGGGCAAAUUGAUUACAUGGGACGCGACAGUUUCGAAAAUAUUUGGAAAAAAAUAUGCAACACCCUCGGGCAGGCACCACCGAGGGAACUUUCUCCUCAAAAGGAGCAAGAGAAAGAGAAGGUGGACGAGAUCUUAGAAUUAGGAUCUCCCGGUGUUCAAAAAUUACCAACAGAAGUUGAGCCGGGUCCAACGGCUGCUGCCGAAUUAACGGAUGAGGCAACAAAAAUUGAAACUGGAUUUGGAGACAUUUCCUCGCCCAGCAUACCCGAGGACCCCAAAGCGGCGACUCCAACUGAUCCAGAAAAAAUCGAACCCGCGACCAUUUCUGAGACCAUCGAAGCAACACUGGCCACGCAAUUAGAAGCAUCCGAAGCAAAAGCUCUUGAAAUUGAACCAGAAAUUAAACCAGAGAUAAUAUCUCUGGAACAAACAACCGUGAUCCAAAAAACUGAUGCUGAAGAACCGAUUCCCAUCGCCGAGUCGAGAAUUCCGUCCGAACCCGAACCCUCUGCAGAACCUCCAAAUGUUUUUGAAUCGCAAGAUGCGGAGAAGAUACUUUCCGUGGAUAAAACAGCAGAUGUUCCUUUCGUGGAUGUGCCUCCGAAAUCUGCGGUGCAAGAACACUUUAUUUCGACUUUCGAGGUUGCUCCAGUUUCUGACAUUGUUUCUGAGGAAAUUCCUGUUGAAUCGAAACCCGAAGAAACAGCGACACUUUCGCAGGUUGAUGUCGUAUCUGUUGAAGAUCCUUCUGCUGAAAUUCUUAAAGAGCCGAUUUCUGGCAAUGAAUGGAGUAAAAUUCCUUCAGCCAUCGACGGUUCACCGGCUGCAGUUGUAGAAGCUGAGCCAGAACUGUCGGAGCUUGCUUUGGACAGUAGUUCCGUUCCCAUUCAAGUUGCCGAGUCCGUUUUGCAGUCUGAGCCGAAAGAAUCAGUGUCAGAAGAUCCAAGACCCGUGAGCGAGGAAGCAGUCUCGUCCGUCGUUGCCCCAGUCCUCGAAUCGGCAACUGCGGUGUCGGAAACUGUAGCGGAACCGAAAGAACCUGAAACAGAAUCUGAGCAAGAACUUGCCCCGAAAAUAAACAACGGCGUCGAUUCAACGAGUGCAAAGUUUCAUGAAGAGAUUCCGGAGGCUGUGGAAUCUCUAAAACCGGAAGUUGUUACUGUAUCGGAUGCUCCCAUACCGUUGCAAGUGCAAGCUGCAAUGGAACAUGCGGCGUCACUUACCGAAACACCACAACCUGCUACAGAUGACCCGGAAAUCUCGGGAGAAGAACCGACCGAUUCAUCAAAAUCCGCUUCUUUAACGCCGCCAGAUUCUCCGAGUACCGUUUGCCCGGUACGACCUGCAAGAACGAGGGAUCCAAGAAUUCCAACAACACCUACUGUAACUGAAGCCACGCCACCCAAUAGCCCCCCGAUUGGUGCAGUUCAAAGUCUGGAAACGCAGCCAACAACGGUUAAAAAAGUUGUCAAGAAAGUUGUUAAGAAGGUACCAGAAGAUAAUGGUGCAACGUCGACUGAAGUAGCGGAGGGCGAAGAUUCCGUAAAAAAAACGGUGAAGAAGGUUGUCAAGAAAGUCGUCAAAAAGCCCAAGGAGGAGGGGGAUGACGGUGCUGAGGCUUCCAGCUCCCCUGAGAAGUCAAAGAAAGUCGUGAAAGUCGUUAAAAAAAUUAUUAAACCACCAACGGAGUCUUUAGAAGUCGAUCCUUCAGUCCCUGAAACGCCCCCAGCUGGAAUUCCUGGAGUUCCAGUACCUCCGAAGAGAAAAACUAAAACUACGACCACGACUACUACAACCAAAUUAACAACUACGACGAAGACCCCUCCGGCUGAAGGUGACAAGCCUUCAGGAUCAGGGCCUUGAUUUACAAAACGAAACGAAUGGAAGAGUGUCACGAAUUGACAAUAAUUAUUAUUUAAAUUAUUAUCUUAUUGCCGUUACGAUUAUUUUAUUUCAAUAGAGUGGCAGAGUUCAAAAUUCUUAUAGAAUCGGCGGAACAUAUCCAAAAAUUUCGUUAGCGCAAAAAAUUUAUUUUUCAUACCAAUUCAAUGGUCAGUAUGAUAUAAAUAAAUCGAUCUAUUUCUCUCGCAGCGAUUUUUCUUGACAACGGUAUUGUUCGAUAUUUAAAAUUAAUCGUCGGCUAUAUCUUUGUUUUUGUUAGCAGCUAUCAUGGUCGCGCGCGUGCCUUCUCAUUAUUACUAUGGAUAUUAUUUAUGAAUCAUGUUAUGAUUAUUUAAUUAAUUGUAUGGACGUUAUCGAGUCUUCUUCAUUUCUUUUUUCUUAUCUGUUUCAAACGACUACAUUCACUUUUUCACGUUCACCAUCAAUUUAUUCAGAAAUCGCAUUUGCUUUUAUAAUAACAUAUAUUGCCGUAAUCUACAAUUUAGAUUACAUGUAAUAACUCUGUGACAUAUUCACUAUUUCUUGUUAUUGUUAAUGUUUCUGUCCCGUUUAUACAGAUUUCGUUUGUUAGAUAUUUGCAACAAGCUUUAGGUUCAUUGUUUGAUCAUUCAUUUCUGUUUUAUUUUUUAAUGUAGUUUUAUAACAACCGUUAUAUCAUAGAUAUACCUAUUAACUAGAUUAUGAGAUGAAAGGCGCACUAGUAUUUUCGAGGCUCAUAUAUUUGUACGUACCCACAAUAUGUACGUAUAAUGUAUACUGCGUGGUUCGUCAUUUUCCUCACUAAUAUAAAAAACAAAUUCAAUAACCCAAAAAAAUUUAUACACGCCAUGCGUCGAUUACGAUACGUGCAUUGAUUUGAAGAUAAUAGCUCAUACAUAUUAUACCUGUUAUAAUAAUAUGUAUUUGAAUGGUAUUUUUGAAAAAAUAUUUCAUUUAUAAUAUACAUAGGUAUGUAAUAAUAUAAGGGCUUUUACGAUUA